AGAAUUUUGGCGGGCGUUUUGGGGGCGAGGGAGGCGGGCUGCUGCCAUGGAAACAGAACCAGCGAGGGCCGGGCGAGGAGCAGCGCGUUUUCUCCAGCAGAACUGACCCAUGUGGGAGAUUUGCAGCGUCCACCUGAAGCAAACAGUCGUUUCUCUUGAGAAGUCUUAGUUGGUGUUGUGAGAAUAUGGAUGGGUUUAAUUGGUGCUGUGAGAAUAUGGAUGCGGAUGAUAAUUUAGACUUGCUGGCUUCCUUAUUAGACGAGAAUGAGGUAGCUGCCGAGCAAGAUCCUGAAGAGAACAACCUUGGUAAGGCUGAAGCUGGAAGCCCCAACAAGUGCAAUGAACUCUUUGAAUCUGAUGCUUCAUACAUUGAGGAGCCGGAUGCUGGUAAGGGAGCAUCUGGUAACUGCCAGGAAAACGGGGCAACGUUGUUAGGACAUGUUGGUGACCUCUCGGGAGAGGAGAAGAAAACUGUGCCAGGCGUGCCUCAGUCUCUACCAAAGGGGAAGACCAUUGGAGAUCUGCAAGUUGAGUUGAGCCAACUGCAAGAGCAGAUGAAGAAAUUACAGGAACAGUUUCAUUGUCAAAGGAUUUACCCAUUACACACUGCUGAAACCCUUGCUGUGUUAGAGAAGCAAACCCAGGCUCCAAGGCCAACGUCAAGUUAUUUGCCUCAGCCUCUGAAGUUUGUUGCCAGGAGAAAGUCUGAUGUGGGUGCCAGUCAGAGAUCUCAAACAUCACAGAGAUCCAGUGUAAUUAAACCAGAGGUCUUCGUGGAAGCCUUUUCCGGACUCAGGUUAAGAAAACCCCAUGUGUCUUCGGCUGAGAUGGAGAGAAAAAUGGCAGGCCGGACAUUAAUUAGACUCUCUCAAUUACAAGACAAGCUUUCGUCAGGGAAUCUUGAGGAAAUGAACUGGGUGACUUUUGGCGUUAUCUUAAAGAAGGUCACUCUUCAGAGCUCCAGUAAUGGUAAAACUUUCAGCAUCUGGAGCUUGAACGACCUGCAUGACUUCAGCAGAUGUGUCUCCUUGUUUCUCUUUGGUGAUGUUCACAAAGAUCACUGGAAAGCGGAUCAAGGCAUGGCCAUUGGGCUGCUGAAUGCUAAUCCCAUGAAGUCAAAGGAAGGGUCAAAUGAGGUGUGUGUGUCUGUUGAUCAUCCUGAAAAGAUCUUACUUUUGGGUGAGGCCAUGGACCUAGGAACCUGCAAAGCCAGGAAGAAAAAUGGAGAGCCUUGCACACAGAGAGUUAAUCUGAACAGCUGUGAGUAUUGCCAGUAUCAUGUCCAGUCCCAAUACCGACGUCUCAGUUCAAAGCGGGCAGAUCUGCAGUCAUCCUUUUCAGUCACUCGGGCUCCAAAAAGGACAGUGAAGAAGGCCCUUGGCUUGAAGGAGAGACUUUGUCAAAACGGAUUUCAUUACGGAGGGGUUUCCUCAGCAGCCUAUGCAGCCUCAGUCGCAGGAGCUGCUGCCCCCAAGAAGAAGAUCCAAACCACUCUAUCCAAUUUGGUUGUGAGAGGAGCUGACACAAUUCUGCAGGAAACAAAGCAAAAACUGGCUUUGCCGUGUUCAGAUGAAUUCAAGGAACUUCUGGCCACAACCUCCGUUGGGGCACAAAACCUAAACCGGCACUUAGCCAAAGCUAGUGUACCAGCAGCACUGACCAGGAAGCCAAGCUCAGAUUUCCGGUCCAUCUCUGCCUCCAUGCUGCUGAAACAACAGAAGCAGCAAAUGCUGGAAGCCAGAAAAAGGAGAUCUGAAGAGCUGCAGAAGAGGUUUCUGCAAACUGCAAGUAAUUCAAGUGCCCCAGCACUGCCCUCUUCCUUAGUGCUGUUGUCUCCAACUUCAGGAGCUGAAUUCCCCAAAGUCACAAAACUGUCCAGUCCCCAGACACCUAGGCUUGGCAUGGGUUUUUCUGAAGGAGAUGACAUUCUCUUCUUUGACAACUUGGUUCCUCCAGCACGCAAGCCAAAUGGCUUGGCAGAAGCGAAAAAGAUAGCAGCCAUAAAUAAACUGCGUGCCAAGGGCCAGAUCCUCUCCAAAGUUGACCCAAACAGCAUAAAACGGAAACGAUCCGAUCUUGACAUUCUAGAGCUUGCUGAGAGAAUGCAAAAAAGUGUCCCUGCGGUAGAAGGUAAUGAUACUGAGGGGCUAGAGCCUGUUCAAAAGAAACGUUGUGAGCAGCUUGCGUAUAUGAACUGUGAAGAAUUCCAAGAGAUCUUGCACGCUAGGUCCAAACACACAGGCGUCCUUAAGGAGUUUGAGGCAGAGGUGCAGGAACGCUAUUUCGAACCCCUGGUGAAAAAAGAGCAAAUGGAAGAGAAGAUGAGGAGCAUCAGAGAAGUGAAAUGCCGCGUUGUGACCUGCAAGACAUGCAAGUAUACCUAUUUCAAGCUCCUAAAUUCCUGUGUGGUGCAAAAUCAUGACUACAAUUGGCAUGAUGGCAUAAAGCGAUUUUUUAAGUGUCCAUGUGGAAACCGAGCCAUCUCUCUUGACAAGCUACCCCAAAAACACUGCAGCCAUUGUGGCCUCUUUAAGUGGGAACGUGAUGGAAUGCUCAAAGAGAAGAAAGGUCCCCGAAUUGGUGCAGAAACACUUCUAACAAGAGGAGAAGAACAUCACAGAUUUCUCAACAGCAUGAAGUAAUUGUGAAAAAACCUUGAAGUUCUGAAGGCAAAUUGAUUUACAAUAAGGCCCCAUGGUUCUAAGUAUGGAAUGGAGAGGUCUCUUUCUAAAGACUCUGUCAGGGCAGUGUGACUCUGACUUACUGGGGAAGGUUCCAGUUGGGGCACAGAGGAGCCUACAAGCACGACAUGGGUCCCAUUAGACAGAUGACUCAGCCUUUCUCUCUCUCCCCCCUCCCCCCCCCCAAAAAAAGUCUGGUUCCUGCUUUUCAGUCUUCCUAAAUAAUUAGGAUUAAAUCUUCAUUUGGUUUAGGAAGUGGUACUUAGAAAACUUGAAGUUUACAGUCCAAGAAACGACUUCUCAGGUUCUGCAGCUGUUGCCUUUGCCAAUGAGAAAGCCACAGUUUUAUCUUCAGCCAUUUCAGUCAAGGAAUGUAUACAGAGAAGAAACAACUAAGUCCUGAGAGCUAACUGCCACAACAUCCAGGCAAUAAAAGAAAAUGUGCCUGUCUUUUUUGUUAUUUUGCCAGUCCACACACCUUUCCAAACCUAGAAUAAUCCUUUUACAAAGUGGCACUUCUAUUUGCCUCCAGUCUUCGUGCCUUUUCUCCAGCGGUCACUUUAAAAUUCUAAGAUUGUUCUACAUCUGGUUGUUUUUAUCAGCAGUUGAGAUAAUACAGGUUGCUUCAGAAAAUAAAUUAUCCCUAGUAUAAAGCAUUGAUGGUCUAUGAAAAGAAAUAAGGGGAUCGCUAAAAUUAGGGCAGAGUUAUCUGAACUGGAACGACAAUUUUAUACAGCACCUUCAGAGGAAGUCUUUAAUUGGUUAGCCACUAGAAGCAUCAUUUGGAUUCGUGGCUUGAACUGUGCAUUAAAAUUAUUUCUUACCUGUGUGUGAUGCAGCUAUUUCCACUAUGUAAUUCUCUCUUUCAAUUUUGUCCAUUCCUACUACUGUUACUUGUCAGUAAACAGCAGGAUAUACCAUUGGAAAGGCAGUUGUUGAAAAUGUAUUGACAAUUGUAAAUAUGAGCCUGCAAUACUGGCAUUAAAUUUUUAGCAGCUACCCGGGAAUCGUGUGGAUAUUCAUCAUAGUGAAUGCUGUGGGUUUAAGUAGACUAGCAUGCAUUUUUACAAUAAAAAAAGUGUGUGGGUCUUGUUUCUAAAA